GACGACGAGUGGCGCGCGGCGCUCGCCGGCGAGGCGAGCAAGAGCUACCUCUUCGCGCUCGCGGAGUUCGUGGCCAAGGAGCGGCGCGCGAAGACGGUGUUCCCGCCGCCGGAGCACACCUUCGCGGCCCUGGACGCCUGCCCGCUGAGCGGCAUCAAGGUCGUCGUCGUCGGCCAGGACCCGUACCACGGCCCCGGCCAGGCGCACGGCCUCGCGUUCUCGAUCAAGGACGGCGCGGACUGCAAGUUCCCGCCGUCGCUGCGCAACAUCCUCAAGGAGUGCGGCGAGGACGUCGGCGCGGCGCCGCCGCCCGCGGGCACGGGCGACCUCUCCAAGUGGGCGGCGCGCGGCGUGCUGCUGCUCAACACGUCGCUCACGGUGCGCCGGGGCGAGGCGAACAGCCACCAGAAGAAGGGCUGGGAGACCUUCACGGACGCCGUCGUCAAGUGCGUCAACCGGCGGCCGGGCAAGGGCGCCGUCUUCGUGCUCUGGGGCAAGCCCGCGCUCGCCAAGUGCGCGAACAUCGACCGCCGGAAGCACAAGGUCAUCGUGAGCUCGCACCCGUCGCCGCUGUCGAACACGAAGACCGACGCGCCCUUCACGGGCAGCAAGUGCUUCUCGCGCAUCAACGCGCACCUC